AUGACGCAAAUGAUUAGACCGAUUGUUCCUGUGCAAAUGGAGAUAGGGGCAGCGGAGGAGGAGACAGUCCACGAAGGACAAAUCAUCAGACCCCUUCAAAAUCAAGGCGUCGAAUCAGGAGUCACAGGACGUAACCAGAUGAUAAUGGCUAACCGACACCAAGAUGCUGAUCAAAUUGUCGAUCAACAUCGACAAGAAGACUUGGCAGUGGAAAAUAACUUGACAACUAUUGUCGAAAGGAUUAUGGCUAGGAAUGGCAUGGGUGCUACCUUGCAAAGGCCAUUAUACGUCACCCCAUUAGCUGAAUUUGUUCUCCAAGCCGAGGCGCCCAGGGGGAUGAAAGUGCCUAAGUACACUAAAUUUGGGGGAGAGUCUGGUGAAUCGAUAAUAGAGCACGUUGCCAGAUACUUAACAGAGUCCGGGGAUCUGGCUCAUAAUGAAUGUUUGAGAGCUAGGUGUUUUACGCAAGUUCCAGAACACGAAUUAGUUCAAAUGGUCGCAAGAGGUUUAGAUUAUUCCAUUAGGAAAAAGAUACAUCCAACUUUUGUGAAAAGUAUGUCACAACUGGCUGAUAGAGUUCGACAUCAAGAACGACUAAGGUUAGAAAAAGUUAGGCACAAUAAGUCUAAAAAAGAAAAGGUAGCAUUUGUCGAAUACGAUGCGACAGACCAAAUACGUGAGGCUGAUUAUGCUUCAUCGACCGAAUUAGAAAUCGACAUGGCUGAACUAAAGCUAGGGUCCACCUAUGAGUGUCGACCAUUGCUGCCUGCGCAAGGAAAAAACCCUGUCGACAACAACCCAAAAUUCCCUUCGAAAACUUAUACUUUCGAUGUGUCGAAGUGUGAAGAAAUCUUCGAUUUAUUGGUCAAAGAUGGGAAAAUGGUGGUACCUCCUGGUACUAAAAUACCACCGGAUUUAGUUCAGAAAGCUAUUCAAGAAGGCAGGCUGAAAUUUGCUGGCCGCAGAAUGAAGAUCGAUGUUGAUCCUCUUCACCAGGAGGAAGCCCUAUUCGUGGAGCCAGUCGAGAUCAACAUGGUCGAGAUCACUGAAUAUGACGAGGCCAACAUGCUGGAGCAAACUGGGGAAAGCCCAGAUGUCGAUAUAGCUGAAGUGUACCCAAGGGCUGAUGAGGACUUGGUGGAUUUUCUGUAUCGCUGCAAGAACAAGGGUUCACAAGUGUGCCUGUGCCCGAGGUGUGGUGCUGUCACCGACAAGAUAGCGGCGGAGAAUUUCCAGAAGCUGCAACUAGGUAAAAGCAAGAGGAAUGUGCCGACCAGGGGUUACUAA